AUGCCAGAGAAUUUUCAGUUACAGCCAGAAAAUGGAAUUUACAUUCUUAGUUGGACAGGUGAUCAAAAUGACAGAGCCCUCAAAGAUCUAAUGCCUUUACUAGAACGUAUAAAUUUAUUAAAUUUUAGAAAUCGCAUAAAAAAAAUGCUAAGAUGUUAGAGACGCUUUAAAUCAAUUUAGAGAAUAAAUGAUUUAAAAAGUGUAGUAGGGUAUAAAAAACCCAUAUCAAAAUCUCUCAUUAGUAUGA